UAGAGGUAAUCACAAUUUGAACUUAAACUUGUUUGUACCUAGUAUACGGUGCAUAUCUUAAACUGUGAAUUCAUUCUGGAUACAUUUUGUUCAUUCUUGUCAUUCGUUAGCCAUCUGUAGGCCUAUAAAACGUGCGUGAUUCCGUGAAGCCAUACAUCACGUAGUGUGUUGUCUCUGGAGUUGCAAGCAGGAAGUCUUAAGUUGGGACUGAAUGCAAGUACCACCAGUGAUAGUCGUCGGGGAGCUGAUAUUCUCGCGGUUGAAAUGUCGUAAAAACAUUAACCAAUGUCUUAUGCCUUACACGGCAAGCUGGGUUGGAUUCGGGACAGAAGACCUGAGUUAGAAUGCAUUAGGGGGACAUCAGGAUGUGGUGUUCUGGAAGAUGUGGCCCUAGGGCACGGAUGCUUUGGUGGAGGAGUCAGGAGGCUAGUAAGCAGCUUCUUCCUCUCUACGGACAAAAUGUCGGUUACCUCAAGCUCAUGUCAACUGAUAUGAUAAGUGUUAGAAGAUUGGUUGUGUCCACAUUGUCAAGCAGAUGGUACAAAGUUCCAGUAUUUGGCCUGUCUGCUGCUCAUCCAUCAGUUGCUUGCUACUUGAAGACGUGCAAGAGAGAAUGUCAUUCAGCCCCCAUAGAUCCACUUGACACUCACAAACAGAAAUUGAAAUUAUGGUUCAGCCAUCUACCUCAAGAAGAGAAGCAAUUUGGAGGCAGCUUCUCCCCAGAGACUAUGCAUAUCAAUCCUCUUAUUCUGGAGAGGCACCCAGCUGAGGAUAAGCCAGGUCCCUUUAACACUCACCAAAACAAAGGUGUAUCCACCACAGUCGAAGAGCUUUUCCAGACAACCCUCAACACCGGAGACCAAGGGGUCAAUGUUCUGCUUUAUGGAGCAGUGGGCACAGGCAAGAGCACGGUCGUGCGGAAACUGGUGCUGGACUGGUGCUCUGGUUCCUCACUUUCUCAGUUCCAGUUGCUCGUACCUUUGUCCUGUGAGGACCUCUCGAAGAUGUCCAAAAAUAUCUCCUUGCGAGAUCUUGUGGGCAGGAAGUAUGUGCACCUCCGGAAGACUCCAAUGCUGAGUGGAGAGCUUCACCAGGCAAGAAAUGUGCUUUUUGUUUUCAACGGCAUGGAGAGGAUGAAGCUGGACUUCCGCAUGGCUUCCACCGAACUGUGCAGCGAUCCAAAUGAAGCUCUUCCACCAGGAGCCAUUGUUGUAAAUCUGCUGAGGAAAUAUCUUCUUCCUGAAGCAAGCAUUUUGGUCACCACAAGGCUGUCUGCUCUUGAACGGGUUCCUCAGAAGUACGUGACCCGGUAUGCACAAAUCUGUGGCUUCAAUGACCCUGCACGGCAGCGAGCAUACUUCACAAGUAGGCUCCUGCAACAGACUGGAGAGGAGUCACGCAAGGACGAGCUGAUUGAGCUCCUUUACCUGAACCUGCGGCACGAGAGUCAGCUGGCGGCCGCCUGCUACCUGCCCUCAUACUGCUGGCUCACCUGUGCCACCCUGCACUUCCUGCAUUUCACAGAUGAAAAAGCGCCCAUCCGCACCCUCACCGGUAUCUACACAAGCUUCCUGCGGCUUAAUUUUGGAGGCGAAGUGCUUGAAGCAGGUGGCGGUGUGUCUUCCCAGGACCAGCAGCAGACGUCUCUGAUGCUGUAUGUUGUCCAGACCGUUGGGAAACUGGCCUUUGAUGGGGUCACGAAGAAACGAGCGUCCUUCUCCGAGGACGAACUUGAGCAAUGGGUCGGUGGAAAAACAAAGACAGAUGAAGAGUUGCAAAAGCUGGCCAUGUUCCGCACGGAUGUGUUGGAUUUCUUCCUGGUCCCCUGUGUCGAAAGCAAGCGUUCAUAUGACAGCGCUCAAACCGAUGUGAAGCGCUAUGUCUUCGCUGUCCCUGCCAUGCAGGAGUACCUCGCCGCGCUCUACGUCGUUCUUGGUGAAAACAAGACCGCCUUGGAGAAACUUACCAAGCAGGUGUCUGAGACCAUUGGUCAAACUGGCGAGGAAGUCACCACCCUCUUCAGCAUCCUCUCCAAGUUCAUACCCUUCAAGAUCUUUGCCGUGUUCAACCUCUUGAAGCUCUUUCCCAGCCUUUUAGAAAAGAUCAGUCGGAACAGCAAAGGGCACAUCGCUCGCACAAUGGCCGCGGAAAUGUUCCGCUCGGAAGACAGCUACAACGAGGACGUGCUUGACCAGGUGGAGCAGAGCCUGCUGGGAGUCCACGGACCUCAGCCGGAGCAGCACCUGGACAAGAGGCCCUUCGAGCUCUACCCCAUCUUCAUGGGAGGGCUCCUGCACUACGGCAACAGGCGGCUCCUGGACCAGCUUGGCUGCAGCAUCAAGAGCGAGACCGUGUCGCAGAUCACCCGCACGCUCAAGAAGCAGCUGAUCAAGGAGAGCAGACAGAAGCAGCCCCCGGAGGAGAUGAUGGACCUGCUGACGUUGCUCUACGAGUUUCAGAACCCCCGGGUGACGGCGGAGGUGCUGCAGUCCAUCCGAACAAUCAACCUGUCGACCGUGCGCAUGACGCCGCUCAAGUGCUUCGUCCUCAGCGCCGUGCUGAGCUGCUGUGCCCCAGGGUUCCUGCUCAACGACCUGAUCCUCUCCUCCUGCCACCUCACGCAAGACCUGCUGCACCUGCUCUGGCCUGCCUUCCGACACACGCGCAGCCUCAAUCUGCAGUUUAACCAUCUCGGUCCAGAGUCCUGCACCCUUCUGAGAGAUCUCCUGCUUGAACCCAACUGUACCAUUAGAUCGUUACAGUUAUGUGAUAACAACCUGCUGGACGCAGGGGUCAGAACCCUGCUAGACAGCCUCCCAGAGAACCAGAGCCUGCAGAACCUGUCCCUGAUGCACACAGGUCUUGGGGACGCGGCUGCGUUGGAGUUAGCUGAGAGGCUGGGCAAGCACACGGGUCUGCUGGAGCUCAACGUGGCCUAUAACAGCAUCGGGGACAGUGCAGCGGUCACCCUGGUGGACGCCUGCAGAGAGCAUCCAACCAUCCACACAGUACACCUGUAUUUGAACCAGCUGACCGAUGUAGGGAAGCAGUCUCUCUACAACAUGCAGAAGGGGGGCUCAGGCCGGCACGUGAGGGUGCUGGCGUCGGUGAUGGAGGGCUCGGACAUCUCCGAGGACUGGCACCCCAUCCUGAGCAUCAUCGGGAAGAACUCGGUCUCGUGGGAGCGGGAGCGCGUGCGUGACCAGCUGCUGGUCUUCCUGCGCGACCUGGAGUGGGGCCGGAAGCAGCAGCAGAGCCUGUGGAAGAGGCUGCACUUCCGGCGUGUGGAGAGUGGCGUGAGACAGACCCUGCUCCUGCUGGAUAAGGCCAGCUCCAUCGGCUCUGGGACUAGAAGCCAUUAACCGCUCCCUUGAAUGCUGGGGAAUGACGUGGGACACGCAGACAUGGUGGAAUCUCUUCACACAGCUGUGCGGUUUCCACAGCGGGGAGACAACUGGGCGUGCGACUGAAGCCAGCUGCAACAAUUAGCUUCCACUAUUAUCAAUGGAACUGACUACACCUAAUGUGAGAGCGCUUCGCACAGUCGAAGAAAUUAGACUGGUCUUCCAAAUCUGUUUUUAUGCUGUUACUGUGCUUCCAUCAUGUAUGACUGAACGCAUGUUUUUCAUGUGCAUAUCAUUAUCCCCAUUCAUUGUCCUUUAUCCUCUACGUAGGAUACUAGUUGCUGUAUUAACAAUUAACUGUAUUAACAAUUAACUAAAAGCCUUAUAAUGAAUUGCCAUUGUAGGGUCAGAUGUAACAUUGUCUUGCAUUGCAGAAAGUAGCAAGUGCCAAGACUAUAUGAAAUUCCAUGGCACCAGCCAGAACCAAUACUGACUGUAACAUGAUCUGUUUGAUCCAGUAGAUCCCUAGAUGGUAAACAUUUCACAUUUAGGUGGAUGUUUGUUGAAUCACCGACAUUUAACAUUGUUGUCAUAGUGUUUGAUGUAGCAUUGUGUCGUUGAAGAAACUAUUUGACAGGCCGAUACAAGAUUGCUAAUCUCAUACAUUUUACGACAAUAAAGGGAAAUAUGUAACAUUUCAAGUGUGCUGAAAUGAGAGUGCCUUAUCAGUGCUUUGAAGAAUAAAGCCAAAAGAUAUAAUAUUAA